AUGCACCGGAAAAGAACACGUGGCAACAACAACAACAGUCAAGACGAUGGGACGUCUCGGAAACUAACAAAGAAGCCGUCGGAGGAGAAGUGUGACGAUAAUCAGAAGACGACGAGAAGAUCUGGCGUUUUUCGAAGAUUGGGAUUUAUGAUGCAUGGUGACAAGGAAAAACAGGAAAACGGGAGUACGCAAAAAAGAAGAAAGAAGAAGGGAACCGAACGUAAACGAAAAACCCAUUGUGCCUGGAAUCCAGACAAGAAAGUGCAUUUCAACAUUGAAAAGGCUCAUUCAACGAUUCCGCUGAAAGGUGAAAAGGGUGAAUCUGCCACCAUAACGGAUAUCCAGAAAAAAGUGUUCCUCAAGUUUGCGACGGACGCUGUCAAGAAGAGCCCACCUGAAUAUUCCACGGAAUUCUUGACCAAGGUUAAACCGUAUCCUGGCCAGCCAAUGGAGAGAAAAAUAUUUGACGCGAACCCAACGAAAAAUCGGUACAAAGAUGUUGUCUGUAACGACAUCACUCGUGUGGUUCUGAAUGACGGUGGAGACAACGACUACAUCCAUGCAAACUAUGUCAAUGGCCUCAACACCCCAUUUAUCCUCUCUCAAGGUCCAACUGCUGCCACUGUUGUUGAUUUUUGGAGAAUGAUUGUGCACACGAAAACUGCGUACAUUGUGAUGCUGUGUGAAGUGACCGAGGAUGGGAAGCCGAAGUGUGAGCAAUAUUUUCCGGAUAAAGUUGGAGAAAUGACUAGCUAUGGACCAUGGGUGGUUAUGUGUUCUACGGAGGAUGACAAGGAUGCCAAUAUCAUCAAGAGAACGUUUUUGGUGAAGACCAAGGAUAAUGGUAAAGAGCAUGUCUUGAAACAUUUACACACAAAGUCUUGGCCUGACCGUUCUGUCCCCAAUUCCACCCUGUGUCUUUUACGUAUGCUCUACAUUGUUCGUUCGGCUCAAGGACCAGUCACUGUUCACUGCUCGGCUGGAAUCGGUCGUACUGGAACGUUUGUCGCCAUCGAAGCGUGUCUUCAGAUUCUGACCGAUGGAAAGGAGUUGGAUCUUCUGGCAACUUGUAAGGCAUUGAGAAACAGUCGCGCUGGAAGCAUCCAAGUUGAUAUUCAAUACAUGACACUUGUCCAGAUCAUACUCAACUAUGGAAAAGACAAUGGAUAUUGGGAUGAUUCAGAUUUGGAUGAUCGCGUUGAACUUUUGACCUGGAACAUUCAACAGUUCAUCCAGACACGUGGCAAAGUCGAUCAUGUCAUUGCAUUUCCAUCCACUCCAGCACUGGCUCAACCACAAGGAAAUGCUCCAGGUCCGCCAGUUGCCAAAGAGCCAACUCCACAUCAUACACCGGUUCAGAAGGCUCAAGAAUGUGUUGAGAAGAAGAUUUUGGACCCGAUCAAGAAGGAUAAAGAUCACAAAGAACAUAAGGAUCACAAGGAUCACCACAAAGACAACAAAGAGCACAAAUCUCCAAAAGAUCACAAGUCACCGAAAGAGCCGGAACAACAUCACAAGUGCCAUAAAGUUCAUCCGAUUCCCACGCUGGUCACAAAAUCCACGACAGAGGAUGGAGAAGAAGCAGAAGAGCCGAAAAUGCAGGCGACGCAGAAAGUGGAGAUCAAGGAGGUCAAGGAGACAGUUGUACAGAAAGAGGAUAGUGUGAUGACUGGAACAUCAGGACCUCCACCACUUCCAUCUCCAGUUCAUAUUCCAUCACCCCUUACAAAGAAGGAUAACUCGAAGGAUAAGAUUUUCAAGGAUACAAUCUCAAAGGAUUCGAAUUCCAAAGAUACUACGGAGUUGAACUUGAAAGUUAGUAAGGAGUUGGGACUGGAAACACAAUCGGCUGAAAAGGGGAAAUCCGAUUCGAAGGAGAGCAAUUUCAAAUUGAUGAAAAAGCAUUCGACCAAUCGAAGUCAGUAUUUGUGA